AUGGGCAGAGCCCUGCUGCCACAGCAUGACGCCAGGGAAAGGGAACUCCCUCCUCAGGUCCCCCUCUGGAGAGCAGGGGGUCCUGCCACGCUGAGGGUCCUGAUCCUCGCCCUGCUCUGGAUGGGGUCCCUGUCCCAGCCACCUGGAUUUACCCUGGCGGCGCCGCAGUCAGUGUCCAUGCCGGAGGGUCUCUGCGUUCUCGUCCCCUGCAACUUCACGUACCCAGCCUCGUAUGACACCGACAAUCCCUCGGCCCAGCUAUACGGAACCUGGUACAAGGAGUCUGCUACUGUGGGCCAGGAUCAUCCCGUGGCUAGCAGUAUCCCCAGCGCGGGGGUGUCGCAGGAGACCCAGGGCCGGUUCCGGCUGAUGGGGGAUCCAGCACACGGCGACUGCUCCCUGCAAAUCAGUGAUGCCCGACGGAUGGAUGCAGGGAGAUAUUUCCUUAACAUCGAGAAAGGCAUGUUAGAUCACAGUUACCGUUCCAAUUCCGAUGGCACUGACCCUGUGCUCACGAUCUCCGUGCCAGGGCUAACGGAGGAGCCAGAGAUCCAGAUCUCCCCGGCACAGGGGCUGCCAGGGAUGCUGCUGGCUGGGGAGCCAGUGAUUAUGACCUGCAAGGCCCCUGGGCGCUGCUCCGGGCCCCCUCCCCAGAUCACUUGGUCUGGGCCGUUCAGUGACACAGCCCGGAACGUCUCAGCACAGCAGGCGAACGGCACCUGGGCCCACAGCUCCGCUCUCAGCUUCAUGCCCACUCUCGGGGACCAUGGCAAAGAGCUCAUCUGCACCGUCACCUACAGCUCAGCACAGGGACCUUCAACCCGCAGAGCCAUCCGGCUCCACGUUGGCCAUCCCGGCACCCUGGUGGCCAAUGGCUCACAGCUCAUGGGUCAGGAGGGGGACUCCCUGCGGUUCCUCUGCUCCGUCACCAGCAACCCCCCCGCUGCGCUGGGCUGGGCAAGGGGGGGCCGAGCUGUCGAGGGCGCCCACCUCGCAGGGGAGAAUCAGCUGUGGCUGGAGCUGCCCAAUGUGACGGCUGAGGACGGGGGUCUGUACGGGUGCUGGGCCCAGAACGUGGAGAGCUCUGCACAGGGGACGUUCCAGCUGCUCGUCGAGUACAGCCCCCGGCCGGGGACCAGGCUGAACUCAUCCUGCCAGCGCCAGGGGCCCAGCCUCAGCUGCAGCUGCUCCCUGCGCUCCCACCCCCCUCCCCGGCUCCAGUGGCAGGUGGACGGGGAGCCCCUGGCUGGGAACGGCUCAUGGGGGGCCCUGCAGGUCAGCUCAUGGGCCUGGGGGGAUGAGGCUGUCAGCAACCUGAGCUGGAUGGUGAGUGAGGAGAGGGGCCCCCGGAUCUUCUGCCUCGGCUCCAACCCCCAUGGAACCUACGCCGCCCUGCACUUUGACUUCAGCACCCCGCAGAGAGGUGGCCUCACUCGGGCAUUUAUCGAAAUCAGCUGCAAACUCGUCUUCGUGGCAACUGGAUUCAUCCUGGCCUAUUACCUCACCCUGCUCUAUUACAGACGGUAA